CAUUUGAACACAUUGUGGUUCCAGUAUCCAGUCACUCAUACAAGAUGCAAGCAAAGAUAUUCGCAGUACUUCUGAUUCUGUCCUUAGUCCAUUUUUCUAUGGCUAAAAAAGGCGCAGGACUAAUUAUUUUUCGCCGCACCGGUAAUAAAAUUGAAUACCUACUUCUGAAAUCAAUCAAAAAAGACAACAGCUGGGGCCCACCAAAAGGUGGAGUCGAACAAAGUGAUGCGAAUGAUUUCCAAGCGGCAUUGAGAGAAGUACAAGAGGAAACAAAUUACACUGAAAGCGAUCUGCAUAUUCAUAGAAAUAAGCGAUUCGAGAAAACUCCCGGACCAGGAAAAAUCAAUGUAUUUUGGUUUGCUGAAUUGAAAUCAGGAAAAAGUCCAAAACUCUCUAGUGAGCAUACUGAAUUUGGUUGGUUUGACUUGAAAAAUGCUUUAAAGAUGUGCGCUAAUCCAGCAUUCCAGCAGCUAAUUAAGGAAAACGAGAAGAAAAUUAAAAGUAACACAUUAUAAUUCUUAGCUAUUGAGACAGAUUCUGUUGAUAACAAGUUGUCAUCAAUAUGAUGAGAGUUUAUCAUUGACAGUCGAAUGAUCGAAUAACGGAAUUUCCCAUUCAAGUCAAUUGCUUUAGAUAAAUAAAAAAAAAAUUAUGCAUGACUUUAAA